UGUGUGCUCUGAGGAAAUUUUGCCAAAAAACGAAUCUGCGACUCGACUGCUCUGCCUCAGAUCAUACUGUCCAAAACGAUCAAGAGUACUGUGAUGCAGUCGAUGACAAUUGUGUGAUCCGUGAAGCGAAUGAAACGAAAAUCUCCACGCCCUCUCCAUCGCAUUUCCCGGUCAUCGAACUUCCAUAAGCCUUCCUCGUCGAUUCUUUCCAAGCCAAGAAUCGUCAAUCUUCGGCCAUCGGAAUGCAUGUCUCGGACCGAGUCUCUUUGCGCGACCUUCUUCUUCUUUUUCUGGGUUGCCAUCCUCUCGGCACCGGUCGCCUCCUCCAAUGGCAAGGAGCGUUCGCCGUCAGCGUACGAGGUGCUCCAGUCGUACGGGUUCCCGGUCGGCCUCCUCCCGAAGGGCAUAACGGGGUACGAGCUGGACAAGGCCACGGGCGAGUUCACGGCGAGCCUGAACGGCACGUGCAGCUUCACGCUCGAGAACUCGUACCAGCUCAAGUACGAGCGGACGAUCGAGGGGGUGAUCGAGAGGGAGAUGCUGAGAGGGCUGAAGGGGGUGAGCGUGAAGGUGACGGUGGUGUGGCUGAGCAUCGUGGAGGUGGUGCGGCAGGGGGGCAAGCUGGAGUUCUCCAUCGGGGUUGCGUCGGCGGGAUUCCCGGUGGAGAACUUCGCCGAGUGCCCGCGGUGUGGGUGCGGGCUGGCCUGUGAUGCCACGGCGAGUUCCGGGCUUCCUCUUCUUCUUCUUUGUCGUCUUCGUAGGUGUGUUCGUGGUUUGAGUCUGGAAGCAAACGAUGGAUGCACGUGCCGUCGUUGAAGUCUCUCUUGUAAUUUCGUUGCAUCAACUUGUACGGUUUUGUGAUAUGUGCGCUGUGACUGAACGAGCUAAUGGUGCGUAUUCAGAGA